AUGAAUGUGUUGCAGACAUUCCUGACAAGUAUCAGCGUAUCUGCAAUUGCAACAAACGGUGUCGUUGAGAGUGGUGGUGCCUAUUUUAUGAUAUCCCGUAACCUCGGUCCUGAAUUCGGCUCGGCAGUUGGCAUACUGUUUUAUUUGGCAAAUACUGUGGCCGCUGCUAUGUAUCUUGUUGGUGGUGUCGAAAUAUUGCUGGUUGGCUCAUCGUUCCCUUUUCUUUCUUUUAGGUUGAUGGGUUGGAUGUCCCAUAAUUUGCGAUUUUAUUCCACUCUUUUGCUGUUAUUGGAAUUCGCGAUUGUCGCAAUGGGAGUCAGAUUUGUUCAACUCUUUGCUCCGGUAAUUAUUUUUACCACCAGCGUUUUCUGAAA